AUGAAAUUCUUCAUUGCAUUCUUCUUGGUUGCUGCCAGCAUCGCUCAAUGCCUCUCUGCCUCAGUACAAGGACAACUUAUGGACAGCCAACAAGGACUCAAUGAGAAUUUGGAAGGUCUGAGAGUGAGGAAAGCAGCUUACGGAGCACCAGCACCAGCUCCAUCAUACUCUGCACCACCAUGCCCAAAUAACUACUUGUUCAGCUGUGGACCACAAGUACAACCUGUUCCAUGCGCAGCAGCUCCACCAGCAUACCAAGGAUCCUACUCUGAAAACAUUCCACAAUACUUGGCCCCACAGUAUAUGGCUCCAAGACAAUACGCUUACCCCCAAUACGCAUAUCCAGUUAUCACUGAGGUCUAG